AUGCCAGCAUGGACAGAAUAGCUUAUGAUGCUUAUCCCCACCCACCACUUCCGAGACAUUGAGCGGAAGCCAGAAUACCUGCAGCCGGAGAAGUGUGUCCCACCUCCCUACCCCGGCCCUGUGGGAGCCAUGUGGUUUAUCCGCGAUGGCUGCGGCAUCGCCUGUGCCAUUGUCACCUGGUUUCUGGUCCUCUACGCAGAGUUUGUGGUCCUCUUUGUGAUGCUGCUUCCAUCCCGAGACUACGUGUACAGCAUCAUCAAUGGGAUUGUGUUCAACCUGCUGGCGUUCCUGGCCCUGGCUUCCCACUGCCGGGCCAUGCUGACGGACCCCGGGGCAGUGCCCAAAGGAAAUGCCACUAAAGAAUUCAUCGAGAGUUUACAGCUGAAGCCCGGCCAGGUGGUGUACAAGUGUCCCAAGUGCUGCAGCAUCAAGCCAGACCGAGCGCACCACUGCAGUGUCUGUAAGCGGUGCAUUCGGAAGAUGGACCACCACUGUCCCUGGGUAAACAACUGCGUGGGCGAGAACAACCAGAAAUACUUCGUCCUGUUUACAAUGUACAUCGCGCUCCUCUCCCUGCAUGCCCUCAUCAUGGUGGGAUUCCACUUCCUGCAUUGCUUCGAAGAAGACUGGACAAAGUGCAGCUACUUCUCACCGCCCACCACGGUGAUCCUCCUCAUCCUGCUGUGCUUCGAGGGGCUGCUCUUCCUCAUCUUCACGUCGGUGAUGUUUGGCACCCAGGUGCACUCCAUCUGCACGGACGAGACGGGCAUCGAGCGCCUCAAACGGAAGCACCAGCCCCGGGAGAACCAGGCCAGCUGGAAGAAUGUCAAAGAGGCCUUCGGCGGGAGCUUCUCCCCGAACUGGUUCAACCCCUUCUCUGGACCAUGUCAGCCACAGCUGCUCAACGACAGGGACUGGGUGUGGCAGGUGUCGUCCAUCUCGGACACCACGGAAACGGAGACAGAGGAGCAGCUGGAGGACAGGAACGAAGACUCUGUGGAGGUGACCGACGAGUGACUGCUGCGGGCAGGGCCAGGCCGAGGAGUCGCUGUCACUGCCAGCGCGGCUACAGGGCUCACGGGCAUGAUGCCCCCCUGCACCCAGUGGCCCUCGCUGGGCACUGCCAUCCUUGCACCCCUCCCUCUGCCCAUGUUGGGCCAGGUCUGGGGGUGGGGCCGGGACCACGGACCACAGGGGAGGACAUGGGACUCUGAGUGUGUCGAAGUGGCCAGAGCGGGGCCGCCAGGAGCCACCCUCCAGGGCUGGGUGUCCUGCAGCCUCGCCCAGCAAAGGAAGCUCUGAACCAGGCAGCAAAGAACUUGCCUUUGGCUCCUGGGAUGUGUGUCCUCUCUUGGGAAGGGAGGCGCUGCCUGCUGGCUUUUGAGAUCUCGGGGUGAGGCUGUGAUGGAAGACUGAGCAGGGACGGCCUCAGGGACCUGGGCGGGACACUGACUGGGAUCCCAGACCCCCUGCUGCUGAAUUAGGAGAAACGGGGCGGUCACAGCUCCCUGCAAGUCGGGCUGGACAGGUGGGCUGGACACACACCCGGGUGGGACGCGUCCAGGACAGACGAGCCUCCGUUAUGACGGCAGCAGCAGACUGAGCUCCUGCCCACAGACACCGGAAUCGGCCCCGUCCUGCCUUCGGCUGCGGCCUCACGCGCCGGGGGUGGGAGGGCCGCUCCUCCCAGGUGCACUUCAUUUACUCCUUCCUGGGGGGGGGAACCACCACGUGGGCAGAACUGACGGAUCUGCCUGUGUUUUAGGCCAUUUCUCCCAAGACUGUGUCCCUCUUGUCUUUGAAAGGGUGGGAGGUGGCCAGGGCCUGCUUGUUGAUGACCCAGGACGACAGACACCCCCCCACACACUCUACCAGGAGGCCUGGACCCUGUCACCCCAUUUGAAGCGUGAAGGCCUGAGCAGGGGACCCCAUCUCAGUGGUUGCUGGAGCAUUAUCACCUGCACAGAGGGGUUCAGGUCCCUGUUUGGUACAAGAGUGGGUUCCGGCUCCCGCUCCCAAGCUCAGCCUCUGUUCUCGCUGGCGCGCUGCCGGUUGUCGGCACCGGGUCGCGGGCUCGGCACUGC